AUGGGCGCCAAACAGACCAAGGGUUGCUCGCUGCCCGGCUCCGCCGGUAGCGGUAGUAGCAGCAGCAGCAGCCCCCAGGGUCCCCUCUCCGCCAGUCGCCGACGGAUUUUGCCUUCUCGGGAGCGCGGAAACUUCUUGGCGUCCCUCGUAGUCCGAUCGAGCGAAAAGUUUGGCAAAGGGGCUGGCGGCAGCGGCGGCAGCCUCCCCCCGUACCAUCGCCGGAUCGUCCUGAUCCAAGAUAUGCUGAGGAUGGUGAAACAAGGCAGGCACGAGGAGGCGACUGAUCUGCUGAAGUACCUGCGCCAGGAUUUGGGAAUGGAAUCAACUUCACUGGAUGAUGUCUUAUAUCGCUAUGCCAGCUUCAGAAACCUUGUUGAUCCAAUCACCCAUGACCUGAUCAUCAGCCUUGCCAGAUACAUCCACUGCCCUAAACCAGAAGGGGAUUCAUUGGGGGCUAUGGAGAAGCUCUGCAGGCAGCUGACAUACCAUCUGAGCCCCCACUCUCAGUGGCGACGCCAGGGCAUGGUGAAGAGGAAGCCACAGGCUUGUUUGAAAACAAUCUUGGUGGGGAAUCCUCUGGACAACACAGUGGACUUGUCUGGCAUCCCUUUGACUAUGAAGGAAUUAGAUCGGCUUAUCUCGUACCUCCAGCACAGCUCUGAGUAUGUUGAAAAUGUGGAGCUUUGCUUCACGGAGCUGACAGAUGAGAUUUUCCUCCAGCUUUUGCCAGUUCUCAGUGCCCUACCUCGUCUCACAACUCUUUCCCUUAAUGGCAACAGGCUUACAAAGGCCGUCCUCCGGGACCUGACUGAAGCUUUGAAGGACACCAGAAAUUUCCCCAGCAUGACUUGGAUUGAUCUGGGCAAUAAUGUGGACAUAUUCUCUCUGCCACAGCCCUUUCUGGUUAGCCUUAAGAAACGAAGCCCUACCCAAAGCAAUCUCCCAACUAUUCUUGAAUUUGGUGAAGGUCAGGUAAGUGACCUUGAGAGCCAAGAAGGUCUUUCGUCACAGGAUGAAGACCAAAGUGAUGGUGGCUUGGAAGACACUAAAACCAGGCAGGUAUGGACAGGUGAAGCUAUUGAGGUUAAGCUGCUGCCAAAUCAAGAACAGAUUUCUAUUGGUUUGUGUCAGACAUGAAACAGUGGCCUCUCAUUUGCCUAGGAUGUGCCAAAUGGAUCCUUUAUAACCAAAGGAUCUUGGCCAGUUUAUGCUAAUGAAGCUCUCUUCUGAUAAAAACUUUUAAUUCCUUAACUUGCAGGACCAAAAAGGGGAGGCCAAAUUACAGUUUGCUGCAAUUCACAUAUUAAUGAUUUGCUACAAUUUGUACCAUUAUAUAGAAUUAUACUGGAAAGGAUUAUUUACGCUAAAGUCUAAUUACUUGCUCAGUGCAGCAUCCAAAUCAAAGCAUCCCUUUAAUUCCUGAAACCUUGUAGUUAUUAAAGGGAUGAUUGCUAGUUGACUGUUCAGUCGAAGGUAUAAGAAACACACAAAACAAUGCAAUGCCACUAUUGAGCCUGGGUUUUUUUUAGGUUAAACACUUUUAGUUAAAUACACUAAUCAGAAUUUUCAUAUUAGGUAUAUAAAUAAUUCUGUACUCAGUACUGAGCUUUUACUUUCCAAAUGAAUUACUUUGAAUAGAAGCUUAGGUGGGAAAAUGCCAUGUUUGGGUAGAAAAAAAAUUAAUCCCAUGGAUUAAAACAGGAACAUGUUAAUCAACUCACCAAAACAAGUUUGAAUGUCUCACUGAAUAAUCACUGCCAAGAUGGUAACCAUCACUACUGUACCUUCUGCAUUUCAUUCUCUCCCAAUUUAUUGUCUCCUGUCCCAAAUAAGCCAUGGAUGUGUACCUAUCUCAGGUUAUGCCAUGAAUCUAAUGAAUCUGGCUGUAAUCCAUGAGUUUUAUUUGUAAAGUCUUAAGGUGCUACAAGAUUGCUGAGCUUCAAAUGUAAUUUUAUAAAUCAAAGCAGUGUGAGACGGCAGGUCUGAAAAACUUGCACCUUCUGAACUCCUGCCUCUAUAACGAAAUAAAAUUUAAAUUCCACAAAAGAAAGACACUAUGCAUUGGUAGAUGACACAGUAGAUUGCAUUGGUUAAUAAAGCAAACAAAUCAGUAUGAAUGAAAAAAAUCCCCAUUGGUGCUUUCCUGGUGGGGAGGGAGUGCAUUUUCUGGUUAGCAAGACCUUGCUCUAGGCACCAGGGGAUGAAAUGUGGGUGAUGGCAGCCCCAGGCAUUUGUUGCAAGUUGCUAUAAUUACACUUUGUGGAAAAAGUGCAACUUUCAGUUACUCUGGAUUUCAUCACUGUGGCACAGAAGAAGAGACAAUAGAAUCAAUUCAGCUCUAUAGUGUAUUUCCUGAUGUUCUUAGGUACUUGGAUUACAUACUUAGAGGAGCUCAAGCCACCAACCAAUCCUUUGCAGCACUUGACGUCAUGAAGUAAAUGCAGGCUUUGUCAUUUUUCUGAGCUACCCCAUGAAGAAUCUUGCCCAAAUUAACUAUCAUGCCAAUCUCGUACGAGCUUUCAAUGAUAUAGUUUUGGUACAUCAAAGCACUUCAUCCUGGCAGGUUUGAGGAGCACCCUAACACCCUCUCAGAGUGGGCUGAGUGGGUUAGCAAUUGCUAGGACUAAUAAUCUACUUUAGGGAUGAGGUGUGGACCUGACCAAUUUUCAGGAUCAAUGUUUUACCCUAAAACCCCAUUGCUAUUGUGCCCAUUUUUGAGUACUUGCAUGUUUUCAGUAGUGUCAGUCUGGUACUUCAUAGAAAUCAGCAGCUCCAUAUUGUCCUUGUUUGCAUGUAGUCAAAGUCUUUUAUAUGCUUUGUCAAGAAAUAAAACUUGUUUGGAAGGUU